GUGUUCACAGAAACUAGAACUCAUUCUCUCUACACACUCACCAUUUCCUGUAAUUUAUGUUUUUUGCGGGACACACGCAUGCGCGCACAGACAGACCCGCGUCUCUCAGUGCGCGUCUGUGAGAGAGGGAGAGACAGUUUGCCCCACAUCUCCAUCGCUUGAACUGCCUGCGCCGGUGAGGCAGACAGCGAUGCGCCGCCGACAGCGCGCGGAGCACGGCCGCAGCCUCCUCACGCGCUCCUUAAGGCUGAUGGGAAACAUGUCUCCCCGUCUGCCACCCGGACAAACUUCAAGAAAAACUACAAACGGAAACUAAAUAAUUAUAAUAAAAUCAACAAGUCAUCAUCUUUCGCAUGGAUUUCCUAUAAUAAACCACCCAACAGAUUCUCCCGGUUCAGACCUGCCAGUGCAUUUGGGACCUGAUGAGUGUCGGGAGGCUAUGGUGAGGCCAUGUGCUCAGCCUGGUAUGAGGAGAAAUGUCCUCCCAUCACUGAAGGAAAGAGGAGAGGUAAAGGAUCUGAUCUCUACUCAUGCCUGUGCAUGUGGCUCUAUUUCUCGACUCUAUGGGGCCACGCAGCCCCGCAGUGCCCAGCCAGCUGCCACUGCACCUGGGACACUGGCACGGUGCUCUGCUCGGACGCCGAGCUGCGGGCGAUACCGGAGGGCAUCCCCCCAGAGACCGUCUCACUUCACCUUGAGCGCAACUACAUCCGUGAAAUCCCCGAGAGUGCCUUCAGCCACCUCGUCCAGCUGCGCGACCUGUACCUGUCACACAACCGGAUUGACUCGCUUGCCACAGGUGCUCUGAGGCAUCUUGGUCCCGAGCUACGUAUGCUGGACCUUUCACAUAACCACCUGAGGCACGCCAGCAGGGAGGAGUUUGGUUCCACCCGUGCAAAGACACGCCUCUACCACAAUCCCUGGCACUGUGACUGCGCUCUCCAGGAGCUGAUGGAGACUCUGAACCUCGAACCCGAGACGGUGAAUGGGAUUAUCUGCGAGAGCUCAGUUCGGGGUGUAGGCGAGGGGAGCAGGUGGGAGGACCCGGGGUCACAGGGGGAGCACACGGGUCAAUCUCUGGUGAAGCUGUUGGACUCUGGGGUGAACUUCUGCAGCCUGCAGAGGAAGACCACCGACAUCGCCAUGCUGGUGACAAUGUUUGUAUGGUUCUUCAUGGUCAUUGUGUACGUUGUGUACUAUGUUCGGCAGAACCAGGCCGAGGCUCGCAGGCAUAUGGAGUAUCUGAAAAGUUUGCCCAGCCCCCGCAAGACACCCACUGAAACAGACACCCUGAGUACUGGUUUCUGAGCUCUGUCGCCCCGUAAAUGGAAUAAUUGAACGUCAUCUUUAAUUCUGAAGAGCUGAGACGCCACAAUGAAUCAAAUGUGGAUAAUGCAGACACAAGUGGAAUGAACACAUUUCUUUAUAUUUAUGACAUCUUUUAAUAUAAUUUCUCAUGGAUAACUUCUCACAUUUGUUUUACAUUUUGUUUAUUUCAACAGAAAACAAGUUAAAAAAAAACUAAAAACAACACAAGUAAAGUUUAAGUAAGAUAAAAUCAUCUUUCUUUAAAAUGAAUCACCGUCUUUUGCGGUUCCCUCUUUCAUCGCCCAGCAGACCUCUUGCUGUGCACUUUAUCUUUCAUUAAGCUGUAAUUAGGGGAGUCUGAUCAGCUGACCCUUAAUGAAAACUUGAAAGGCACAAAUCAGUUGGAGUGUGUUUGUGAGUUGCACAUGUGCUGUUCAAACCUUUUCCAAUUAUGUUGACAUGACACCGGUUUCUUUGGUGCCUCUGGAAAAUAGCUAAUCGAAAUGAGUUUUUCAUAAAGACAUUGGUGCAGGAGAUUAAUUAUAUUGUCUGGAAGCUGCAGCAAUCAGCUCAGAAUUAUUUGGUCAGGCACAGUCAUUGACUGGUAUGGGGAAAAUUCAACCCACUUUCGUGAUGGAUUUGUGAUGAUGCUGUCUUCCUUUAGAAAAACCCGCUUUGGUAAUCUCCCAACUAUUGCUUCUCUUUUUUAUUUAUUUUUUAUUUUUGUUGCCCUAUUUUUCCAAUUGGCUCUAUGAUAAUUGAUUCUAUUAUUUAAGUCACUGUGAAAAUAUGCAGAUAAUUUGAAAUGAACUGAAAUGAUUGUUUAAGUCUAAACAUUUUCAGAAGAUAUUUUUGGAAGAAAAAAAAUGUUAGUCAAGGAGCUGCAUUGAAAAUCCUGCCUAGCUGCAGAUUUAGGGCAAACCCUGAUUAAAACUGACAUGUCAUUAGGCCUACUUGAAUUAAUUGUAAUUAUAUUUACAGUAGAUAUACCUGUUGUUUACUGUGUCUAAGGGGAAUGCAAAUGUUUUUGACAAAAAAUAGUCCAUUUAGUUCACUAUAAAAUGGGUAAAAAAAAACGUUUCCAAUAUCCUGCUCAGUGUGUAUUUUGAGGGUUCUAUGCAGGAUUAUUGAUGGUAAACAAAUUGCAAAGUUGUGUUUAGAUAAUAGGUUUUCCCUUUCAUUUGUUUCUCCACCUGCAAAUUACUGGAUUUUCUUAACUCCCAAUACAUCAACUAAAAAAAAAAAAAGAAGAAACAACUGAUUUGGAAGACGAUAUGCGUUAAUAUUGUCAAUCCAUAUUGUCUGCUGUGCUACUCUUCUUUUUAUUCAAUAUAAAUUCUUCUUAAAAGAUAAAUUCAGUUCAGUUAAUAGUUUGUCUAAAACUAUUUACUGAAUAGUUUUAUGUGAACACACACACACACAAUUUCCAAUCCGGUCAUAUAAACACAAAUUUAGUCAUAUGUAUGGAAUUCUAGUCUUAAACUGUGGAAAUCUACAAAACCUUCAUGAAAAUAUUUGUAGAUGGAUCUUUAAAAAUAAUCUUUUUCAAAUAUUUUUGUAAUUUAACAGAAGAGUUUGGGCUCAGAUAAAGAAACUAUUGUCUUUGUUUAUGUUGUUAAAAAGUUUCAAAGCCAAAAUUGGAAGUUUUUUUGAGGGCAGGUUAGAAGUUUGGCUGUGGGGGUGAAGAUGCUGAUCAAUGUUGACAUUUUCCCUUCUCUUCUCUAAAUCCGCAACGCUUUGGAUUGAAGCUCAGAACAAAAUGGAAUCGAGUGUUAACGUCAGCAUUCAUGAAAUAUAGUAGAAAACAAGCGUGCCCCAUUUUUUCUGUGGUAAUCUGUUAGUGAAAAGAGCCGAGGCAGAACUUAGGAAAGGUCAGCGCUCUGUGAACUCUAAUGUGCUACAUGUGCUGUAUGUGUUUUGUAAUCCUCGGAGCAAGAGCGGCUUAAGUCUGUUUUGUUCACACAGUGAGCAUUAGUCAGCUGAUACUGUUGCAGUACAUGUGUUUGUAAAGCCCAUGUGGAAAAAACGAUGUUUGUUUGUGCUGUGUUGUUUGUGUAAAUCAACAUGCUAUAAACAUUUUCUCCGUGUUUA